GGCCAAAGCUGUUGUCUCUUCCUGUUUGGGGGACGAGGAGUCCCCAGGCGCAAAUUGCGAGGAUUUAGUAAAGGGGGUUGUUCGUCUUCGCACCCAGUUCUCCGAGACUGAAGGUCUGGCCUGCUCAGGACUAAAUUCCUCAGUGCCUAGCAGCUAAGAAACAUGGCAAAUAUGGCUGGUGAUUCCAGUCAUCUCAUCUCAGAGGUAGACCCUGAAAUACAUCCUGGACCUAUGAAUAUCCAAUUUGAUUCUUCAGAUCUAAGGUCCAAAAGGCCUUUCUACAUAGAGCCCACAAACAUCGUCAAUGUGAAUGAUGUCAUUCAGAGGGUUAGCGACCAUGCCUCUGCCAUGAACAAGAGGAUUCAUUACUACAGCCGGCUCUCCACUCCUGCAGACAAGGCACUGAUUGCCCCAGAUCAUGUAGUUCCAGCUCCAGAAGAGUGUUAUGUAUAUAGUCCCUUGGGUUCUGCUUAUAAACUUCAAAGUUACUCUGAAGGACAUGGUAAAAACACCAGUUUAGUAACCAUUUUUAUGAUUUGGAAUACCAUGAUGGGAACAUCUAUACUAAGUAUUCCUUGGGGCAUAAAACAGGCUGGAUUUACUACUGGAAUGUGUGUCAUCAUGCUGAUGGGUGUUUUAACACUUUAUUGCUGCUACAGAGUAGUGAAAUCACGGACUAUGAUAUCUUCACUGGACACCACCACGUGGGAAUAUCCAGAUGUCUGCAGAUACUAUUUUGGCUCCUUUGGGCAGUGGUCGAGUCUCAUUUUCUCCUUGGUGUCCCUCAUUGGAGCAAUGAUAGUUUAUUGGGUGCUUAUGUCUAACUUUCUUUUUAAUACUGGAAAGUUUAUUUUUAAUUUUAUUCAUCAUAUUAAUGACACAGACACUCUGCUAAGAACCAAUAGUAGCGACCCUGUGAUUUGCCCAAGUGCCGGGAGUGGUGACCAUCCUGACAACAGCUCUUCGAUUUUCUAUGUCAAUGACACAGAAGUCCAGCAAUUUGAAAAGUGGUGGAAUAAGUCCAAGACAGUGCCCUUUUACCUUAUAGGGCUCCUUUUGCCAUUGCUCAAUUUCAAGUCUCCUUCAUUUUUUUCAAAAUUUAAUAUCCUAGGCACAGUAUCUGUUCUCUAUUUGAUUUUCCUUGUCACUUUGAAGGCUAUUCGCUUGGGAUUUCAUUUGGAAUUUCAUUGGUUUGUAUCAACAGACUAUUUUGUACCAGAGAUAAGAUUUCAAUUUCCACAGCUGACUGGUGUGCUUACCCUUGCUUUCUUUAUUCAUAAUUGCAUUAUCACACUCCUGAAGAACAACAAGAACCAAGAAAACAACGUGAGAGAUCUAUGCAUUGCUUAUAUGUUAGUGACAUUAACUUAUCUGUAUAUUGGAGCUCUGGUUUUUGCUUCAUUUCCUUCACCACCAUUAUCAAAAGAUUGUAUUGAGCAGAACUUUUUAGACAACUUCCCUAGCAGUGACACCCUGUCCUUCAUUGCAAGGAUGUUCCUGCUGUUCCAGAUGAUGACAGUAUACCCACUCCUAGGCUACUUGGCUCGUGUCCAGCUAUUGGGCCAUAUCUUCGGUGACGUUUAUCCUAGCAUUUUCCAUGUGCUGAUUCUUAAUCUGAUUGUUGUGGGAGCUGGAGUGAGCAUGGCCUGUUUCUACCCAAACAUAGGAGGGAUCAUAAGAUACUCAGGAGCAGCCUGCGGCCUGGCCUUUGUAUUCAUUUAUCCAUCUCUCAUCUACAUCAUUUCUCUCCAGCAAGAAGAACGGCUGACAUGGCCUAAGUUAAUCUUUCACAUUUUCAUCAUCAUCUUGGGCCUGGCUAACCUGAUUGUUCAGUUUUUUAUGUGAAAUACUCAUCUGUUUUCUCAAGAUCGUUCGUGGUGUUUUGAGCCUUGACAACAGUUCUACAUCAAUUCACUUAUCAAUGCUGUUGUUGCCCUAAUUCCAAGUGUUUUUCUAAGAUAACAUGAAAGCAAGGAAAGUAGUGGUUGAUUAAUAAAUAUUUCUGAGUAGAGUGGGGACAGGAGGGGCACUGAGAAGGAUCUGAGUCUCUCUCUUCCUUGUAUUCGCUCACCUCUUCAUUCUCAUUGUCUUUUCUGGGUAGGAAUGUGUGUCCUAGGAGGAAGUCCUGCUGGGUUUUGCUUUUAGAGAGAGGAAGUGGGUAGAUGUAUCUGGGCUACAGUGAAGACUCUCAGGUGUCACAGCAUCGUAUUGCCAAAUCCUGUUUCUGUUUAAUAUUUGAUAGAUUCACUUCAUUUUCUUAUUUGCUAGCCCAUUUCCACAGUUUGCCCAAAUCACUACUGUUUGGCACAGUAAACCAAAUACCUCAUUUUUUAAAACAAAAUUUUUAUGACCUAAGUGUCAACAGAGUGAAUUCUUAACUGAGCCUCUAUUAAAAAAAAAAAAAAAAACUUAAAAAAAAACCUGUCAGUAUAGACCUCAUGGUCAUGACACAUGUGCAAAAUAAAAAUAGUUUGCUGCUGUUGAGUUCCUCUUCUAUUUCUAAUACAACAUCAGUGACGUAGGAGUUCAAACCUAUAUGCUGAAUUUUGCAUAGGAACAAAAAUGUCCCUAUAGACACAGGGGGCUCUUUUACUUUCUGGGUCACAGAGCAUUGCUAGGCUGUCAGGACAGGUCCACCAGGGAAACAUGGCAGAGGAGCCAGAGUGUGAGGCCCUCCAGGGCAAAAAAGGGUGGAGACGCAGCCAGGGAGGGUGGAGCCUCUGCCCAGAGCAUCCUCAGUCCUGUGGGGGUGAAAGUGAUUUCUUUGGCACAGGGAAAAGGUCGUUCUCUGAUGUGUGACCUCCAGGAGACCCCCAAUGCUUCCCUCUGUCAUGAGCAGGGCAGACGGAUUGAGGCUCUGCAAGAAAAACUCCUUAGAUCUGAGAAAGUGAUCAGGGAAUCUAGAUUCUUAGAAUUAACACUCUCCACUUUCUUCUUCCAAUUCAAAAUCCAACUCCAUGUCUUCCAUGUCAUGCAGCCUCUGUAUCCAGCCCAGGACAACUCAGUGGUGAUGUUUCUUCCCCAGAAAAUUUAGAAUUCUCUAAUUUUAGGCUUAAUUUAAAGAAUGCAUUGUGCUCUCGCAGAUUCUACAUCCCCGGAUAAUGUGUACAUUUGUAUUAUUUCCUUCCUUUGAGAAAGACAAAUGAAAAGCUUUUUUUUUUUCUAGACCAAAUCAGAAAUCCCAGAUUCAGGCCGGCGCCGCGGCUCACUAGGCUAAUCCUCCGCCUUGCGGCGCCGGCACACCGGGUUCUAGUCCCAGUCGGGGCACCGAUCCUGUCCCGGUUGCCCCUCUUCCAGGCCAGCUCUCUGCUGUGGCCAGGGAGUGCAGUGGAGGAUGGCCCAAGUCCUUGGGCCCUGCACCCCAUG